AUGUUUAUUAUAAACACGGGCUACAAACGAAUUCCCAGCUCUGAUCCACUGGUUCCUAUUGACCACUACUUGAGUUCUGAUCCAUUGGUUCUUGUUGACCACUACUUGAGUUCUGAUCCACUGGUUCCUAUUGACCACUACUUGAGUUCUGAUCCAUUGGUUCCUGUUGACCACUACUUGAGUUCUGAUCCACUGGUUCCUGUUGACCACUACUUGAGUCCUGAUCCACUGGUUCCUAUUGACCACUACUUGAGUUCUGAUCCAUUGGUUCCUAUUGACCACUACUUGAGUUCUGAUCCAUUGGUUCCUGUUGACCACUACUUGAGUUCUGAUCCAUUGGUUCCUAUUGACCACUACUUGAGUUCUGAUCCAUUGGUUCCUGUUGACCACUACUUGAGUUCUGAUCCAUUGGUUCCUAUUGACCACUACUUGAGUUCUGAUCCAUUGGUUCCUGUUGACCAUUACUUGAGUUCUGAUCCAUUGGUUCCUAUUGACCACUACUUGAGUUCUGAUCCAUUGGUUCCUGUUGACCACUACUUGAGUUCUGAUCCACUGGUUCUUAUUGAAUACUGCUUGAGUUCUGAUCCACUGGUUCUUAUUGAAUACUGCUUGAGUUCUGAUCCACUGGUUCUUAUUGAAUACUGCUUGAGUUCUGAUCCACUGGUUCCUAUUGAAUACUGCUUGAAAAGUUCACUUAGAUCAUGA